UCCGCCGCACCAUUGUCGGGGUUCUGAGCGCUCAAAACUCGGAAAAGAGGUGGCAUCGGGGCACAGACAGCAGCUCUCCACCCCGACCAGCAUGUCGGUGAUUCCGCCGAACCGCUCGCAGACAGGCUGGCCCAGAGGGGUGAACCAGUUCGGGAAUAAGUACCUGCCUCAGACCAAGCCACUCACCCUGGAGCGGACUAUUAACCUGUAUCCUCUUACAAAUUACACAUUUGGUACCAAGGAGCCUUUGUAUGAGAAAGACAGCUCCGUGGCUGCUCGGUUCCAGCGGAUGCGGGAAGAGUUUGAUAAGAUUGGAAUGAGGCGCACCGUAGAAGGGGUUCUGAUCGUUCAUGAACAUCGGCUACCCCACGUCCUCCUCCUGCAACUGGGAACCACAUUCUUUAAGCUGCCUGGAGGUGAACUGAAUCCAGGAGAAGAUGAGGUGGAAGGGUUGAAGCGUCUCAUGACAGAAAUUCUUGGCAGGCAGGAUGGGGUGCAGCAGGACUGGGUAAUUGAUGACUGCAUUGGCAAUUGGUGGAGACCAAACUUUGAGCCCCCACAGUAUCCAUAUAUUCCUGCACACAUUACAAAACCCAAAGAACACAAGAAGUUGUUUCUGGUGCAGUUGCAGGAGAAAGCACUGUUUGCAGUCCCGAAGAACUACAAGCUUGUUGCCGCCCCUUUAUUUGAAUUGUAUGAUAAUGCACCAGGCUACGGACCCAUCAUUUCCAGCCUUCCACAGCUUCUCAGUAGGUUCAACUUUAUUUACAACUGAGCAAGGGUGAAGUCUGGACAACAUCAUGUGGAUGAAGCGGUCUCUGUGAGCACAGCUUUAUAUUGUGGAAUUCUGGUGAAAAAGGAUUUUUGUUCCUCUGAAUCCAUAUAAUGUUGUUGCUGUUGAAGUAAAUAGACUGUAUGCAGAGUUAUACAGCAACAAUAUUUGUUAGUGUUUUUAUUUUCAUUGUGUUUCAGUAUGUGUUACUCGGUUUUCUUACACAAUUAAAAAAUGAU